AUGACGUCGACGAAUACCAGUGCCGAAGCCAUCCGCGCCGUCGGAGUCUACAAGUACGGGCCUCUUGAGAAUCUCGAGUCCGUACGCCUCCCUAGACCGUCACCGCCCACUGGGCGACAGAUGCUCGUCCGCGUGAAAGCAGCGGCCGUGAACCCAAUCGAUAUCAAAGUCCGUGCAGGCACUUAUGACGACGCGCCCGACUACUACGAGCGCGUCAAGCCUCUGACACAGGACGAGCCGCAUUUUCACGUCAUGGGCUACGACGGGGCUGGUGUUGUUCUCGGCGUCGGGCCGGACGUGAAGCACUUCAAGCAAGGGGAUGAGAUCUACUACCUGGGAAAUCCGUUGGGCCAGGGCUGUUAUGAAGAGGAGAUGCUGGUCGAUGAACGGCAUGCGGGCCACAAGCCGAAGAAGCUUGAUUUCGUUCAGUCUGCAGCUAUGCCUCUCACGUAUGGCACGGCUUACGAGGCACUUGUAGACAGGCUGGAAAUCAAGAAGGGCGAGAGAUCCGGGAUCCUGAUCAUCAACGGCGGCGGCGGCGUCGGCAGCAUCGCGAGCCAGAUCGCCCGGAACGUCCUAGGCCUGCCCGUGGUCAUCACCACCGCCUCGCGGCCCGAGACUGUGAGGUUCUCCAAGGAGAUGGGUGCCUCCCAUGUAAUCAACCACAGGGAGGACAUCGUCAAGCAGGUCCGCGAGCUGGACAUCCCGCGGGACGUGCCCAUCCGCUACGCGUUCAUCACGUCCCGGACCGAGCAGUACAUCCACGCCAUCUCGGACAUCGUCGCCCCCUUCGGCAAGGUGUGUAGUAUCGUGCAGGCAAAGUUCGACAUGUACGGGUCGCAGUUCAUGAGCAAGUCGCAAACUUUCUCCUGGUGUUGGCUUUGUUCUGGCGCAUACCACGGGUACGUUAAUGACGACGAGGAGAAGCACCACAGGUGGUUCGAGGACCUGGCACACAUGCUCGAUGACGGCACUGUCAAAUGCCAUCUCAAGAGGAGGCUGAAGCUGAAUCUCGCGGGUCUCAAGGAGGCGCACCGGGAGAAUGAAGCUGGCUCGGGAAUAGGCAAGACUGCGCUUGGUAUAGAUGAGGAAGGCCCUGGGGAGGCCUUUUGUUAG